CGAAUAUAUACCAUGUUGGUGGUGGUCUGGUCUGAAGGAUUUUACGCAGCUUCGGCCCAGCCCCUAAAUUCUGAUAGGGUUCUGAGGGGACUAACGCGUCGGCAGCAUGCUAGAGCCAGUUGGUGGAGCUGCGCGAAAUCAUCCCCUCCUGCAGAACCGCACUAGAGCGUCGCCUGUCACGCACAGGCACGGUCACCCAAAUCAGGUACAGAAAAUCGCUGGAUUGUGUCAGCGUACUUGUUGAUCUUCAGCCUUCGGGAAAGCGGGGAGGAAUGGACAGUAGAUACUACCGGCUCCACGUCUCUGGUGAAAUAUGCCAACCUCAGACGCGGGCUAACCACUAGAGUGGCACCAUUUAAGAGAGGAAGAGGGGUGUUGCAAGCGAAAGCACAGGCGGCUGUCUGUCUAUUUAAACCAAUUUGGAUGCCGUUUGUUCUUGAACAGGAUCUUACCAGAAAGAUGUGUGCAAGUGUGAAUGAAAACAAACCCAAAUGUAGGCGCUGCUAAAACUUGGUCGGAGUUGUGUCCCGUGGACCCAGAGAAGAAUAUCCCUAGCCUUAAUCAUUCUCAUUUAAGAACCGAACUGAAGUGAGGAUGAAUAAAGCUGGCUCCCGCUCGACCUCCUCACUGCCGCCGGAGCCGGUGGAAAUCAUCCGGAGCAAAGCAAAUGCUCGUCGGGUGAGACUGAAUGUAGGGGGACUCCUACACGAAGUGUUAUGGAGAACUCUAGACAGAUUACCCCGUACGCGAUUAGGAAAACUGCGAGACUGCAACACGCACGAUUCAAUAGUGGAAAUAUGCGACGACUACAGUCUGGAUGACAACGAGUACUUUUUCGACAGACACCCCGGGGCUUUCACGUCAAUUCUUAACUUCUACCGCACGGGGAAGUUACACAUGAUGGAGGAGAUGUGCGCUUUGUCUUUCAGCCAGGAACUAGACUUUUGGGGGAUUGACGAAAUCUACCUGGAGUCUUGUUGCCAAGCACGGUACCAUCAGAAAAAAGAACAGAUGAACGAGGAGCUCAAGCGAGAAGCGGAGACCCUGAGGGUCAGUGAUGGCGAUGAAUUUGACAACACAUGCUGCUCUGAAAAGCGGAGGAAACUUUGGGACCUCUUAGAGAAGCCAGGCUCAUCACUUGCAGCAAAGGUUCUUGCCAUCAUCUCUAUCCUCUUCAUAGUGCUGUCCACCAUCGCCUUGUCUCUGAACACUCUGCCAGAGCUCCAAGACCUGGACGAAUUUGGUCAGGCCACUGACAACCCCCAACUGGCUCAUGUAGAAGCUGUGUGCAUUGCCUGGUUCACCAUGGAGUACCUGCUCCGCUUUCUCUCCUCGCCCAGCAAGUGGAAGUUCUUCAAGGGCCCGCUGAAUGUCAUCGACCUGCUGGCCAUCCUGCCCUACUACGUCACCAUCUUCCUGACGGCGUCCAACAAGAGCGUGCUCCAGUUCCAGAACGUGCGGCGGGUGGUGCAGAUCUUCCGCAUCAUGCGCAUCCUGCGGAUCCUCAAGCUGGCGCGCCACUCCACGGGCCUGCAGUCGCUGGGCUUCACCCUGCGGCGGAGCUACAACGAGCUGGGCCUGCUCAUCCUCUUCCUCGCCAUGGGCAUCAUGAUCUUCUCCAGUCUGGUGUUCUUUGCAGAGAAGGAUGAAGAGGACACCAAGUUCAAAAGCAUCCCGGCGUCAUUCUGGUGGGCCACCAUCACAAUGACGACGGUCGGCUAUGGGGACAUCUACCCAAAGACUUUGUUAGGGAAGAUCGUAGGGGGUCUGUGUUGUAUUGCGGGAGUGUUAGUGAUUGCUCUACCCAUCCCCAUCAUUGUCAAUAACUUCUCUGAGUUCUACAAGGAACAGAAGCGACAGGAGAAGGCCGUCAAGCGUCGUGAGGCCCUAGAGAGGGCCAAGAGGAAUGGCAGCAUUGUGUCCAUGAACAUCAAGGAGAACUUUGCCCACAGUAUGGAACUCAUGGAUGUGGUGGUGGAAAAGACUGCUGCAGAAGCCACAGGAAAGAAAGAGAAAGUCCACGACAACCACAUGUCACCCACGCGAUGGAAGUGGGCACCUCAGACAGCCACCUCAGAGACCAGCUCCAACAAGUCUUUGGAUGGGAAGGAAAAAGACUCCCCUGAAAAAGCUUGUCAGGCUAGCCCCCAGCACCUUAAUGUGAAAAAGCUGGAGGAGAUGUACAACAAGAUGGCGAAGACCCAGUCCCAGCCCAACUUAAACAGCAAAGAGAGAGUGCCCUCAUCCAGAGCAGCCAAACUGAAGGAUGAGAUUGAGCUGGGAACUAUGCAGGCAGAGCGAGUUCCCACCUGUGCUGAGGGCGUUACCGACAUGAGGAGCGUGUCCAGCUUUGACAGCUUCAUAAGCUGUGCCACCGACUUCCUGGAGAGCUCUCGGUUCUCCCACAGCCCCGUCAACAACCUGCCCGGGAGGGUGAGCGCCAACCCUGGACUUGAGACCACUUUAGAGCACCACGGCGAAUCCACAUCAAGCCCUGCGACCACAGCCAAGCAGCACACCACCACCACCACCACCACUUUGGAAGGCAGCCGGCACGGUCGGUUCUCAGAGAGUCCUAGAGGAAUCCGUUUGCUCAAUCCACUGAAGUCACGCUCACUCAAGGUCAACUUCCACGGAGUGGACAGCGGCCCUUCCUCCGCCCCGACUCCAGGGGUCGGAGCUCUCUCCGACAGCUCGGCCAUGUCCGACCGCUCCCUCUUAAGCCCUGAGGUGUCGGUCUACACCACUGCCAGUAGCAAGACCCCUCCAAAAUCCCCUGAGUUCCUGACACCCAGCGUCUUCACAUUCCACGACGCAUCCAUCAGCAAGUUCAUCGAUGCCGACACUGAUGAAGACGAUCACCUGCACGACGGCCCAGACCCCAGCCCUUCUGAGCGUCUCCUUGGCAACACCAGCCCCAAGUUCAGCAGCAAUAGCAGCCACCAGCGUGCUGUCAAUCAUCUAGAGAUGUCCCAGAGGGUGCUCGGCCAGAACAGUGUGUUCCCCCUGGAGGGUCGGGCAGGAGGUGGACAGGAGAACCAUGUGACGCAGGGGGAGCGAGCCCACUCCAACACCUAGAGCCAAGUGAGCUAAAGCAGGUCAUGGCUGCUGCUACUGCCACUCAUCAAGAAGAAACUGGAACAAGAGUGUCCGACAUUUUUUUUUUUAAUCCGUGGGAAAAGAUAUAAGCUAAAUGCAAUGACGCGAAAUAAUUAACACAUUCGGAGAGGUUUGUGGUUUCAUGGUAAUUCUACAAAAUGUUGAGAAAUACAGACGUUUGAUCAGUUUGUCCUUUUUGCAGUACUCUGCAUUGAACACCACAAUAUUUGAGGACAACAUGAUUGUGUAGAAAAAAGGUAUUUUGGGUCAUAUGUUAUUGUAUGUAACACAUGGUAGAUUUAGACAUACUGAAUCAACUUUGUGUUAGGAGCAAUUUGCAGUUUACUUCCUAGUGUUUUCUUCCUCAGAACUGGCCUUAGUUAUAUGCACCUAAAACUACAUUGUGUGUCAGAGUGUGUGUGUGUGUGUGUGUGCCUGAGUGUGUGAGUGUGUGUGUGCGUAUGUAAUAUAAA